AUGAAUAAUCAAGAAUCUACGGGUGCUCCAGCAGACGGAAUGGCUUUUCCGCCAUUUUACGGCCAACAGACGCCAUUCCCAUAUGUGCUGGUACCAUUUCCUCAACAGUAUGCACAAUAUCCCCCGUGCCUUAUGUACCAAAAUGAAAAUUUUUGCGGUCCCACACAAAUGCUUCCGUCAGCUGGGCACAUUUCUCAACAAGUUUUUCAACAACCAACCGGACAAUACGCUACUGGUCAGAUGCCACCACAGGCUCCUAUGCAACCGUCUUCAAACACGGGUAACAGCCAAACAGUCAAUACUGUGCUUGUACCAGGAAACGACGGGAGUCAGCAGAUUUUGGUGGAUAAGUCCGAGUUGGAAAGACUCAGAGAAGAACUACGCGACUCUAAGAUCAGGAUUGCGGUUCUGGAAUCCACUGAAAGAUUUUACAGAGCGAAUAAUUCGAAAUCGUCGUCUCCAAAAACAAAUCAGGUAGCAGUUAGCCAUAAUGUGAUCCCACAAGAGAAAAUUACUGCAAAGGAGACUACUAUGGAGACUACGCAUCAAUCUUCGAGUUCGGCUGAAAAUAUGGCUGAAUCCACAGUUGUUGCCCUGCCGUUGGACGUGUUUCCUGCUCUGGAAGCCAACAUCAACAGUCAAGGUUCUGUGCAGAAAGAGAUCACACAUGAGACAAUCACUGCUACCCAAGCUUUGAUUUUGCGUGAAAGUAUGGCUGAAAAUCUAGUUGCUACUCCGCCUUUGGUAGAUUUUCCUGCUCUUGGAAUCCUCAUCAAAAGCCAGGAACCUGGGCAGAAAGACAUCAAAUCCGUGGAAUCUUCUGCUCCUCUCAGUUAUGCUUCAGUAGCCAAAAAAUGUUCAAAUGCCAUUUCUUUGCCACAGCCGCUCUCGCCAAAACCGCAGCAUUGCAUGACAACAAUUUCAAUCAAGAUGGAUCCAGUGCCAAACUUGCCAAGAUCUCCAGGACGAAAACCAGUUUUUUCUGACAAAUCUACCUCUCGUUGUACUACAAAGUCUUCAUUUGAAAAACCCUGA